UUAACCGCUAUGCGCACCUUCGCUCUUUGCCUUGCAGCCUGCGCUGCUAUCGUCCAUGCCCUUCCUUACCCCCGCUCUCUUAGGUCCCACAAGCGUGACUCCGGCUCCAAGCUAGUUGUCGCACACCAUAUUGUCGGCAACACGUUUCCGUACACCGAAAGCAACUGGGCUUCCGACAUUAAGCUCGCCUACGACUCUGGCCUCGACGGUUUCGCCUUGAACGUCGGGGUCGACUCUUGGCAGCCUGACCGCGUUGCAGAUGCAUAUUCCGCCGCGGCGUCCUCGGGCACCGACUUCAAGCUGUUCAUCUCCUUCGACAUGUCCUCCCUGCCCUGUACUUCGUCUGACAAUGCCGCCACGCUCCGCAGUUACAUUACAAGCUACGCCACCCACCCAAAUCAGCUUCUAGUUGAUGGCAAGGUCUUCGCGUCCACCUUUUCCGGCUCCGACUGUACCUUUGGUCAGGCGAACGCGCAACAGGGCUGGCAGACUCAGUUUAUCAACCAGCUCACUGGGUCGAACGCCGUUCACUUUGUACCGUCGUUCUUCGUCGACCCGACCACGUUCAGCGAGUUCGAUGGCGUCAUGAAUGGCGCGUUCAACUGGAACGGGGGUUGGCCGAUCUCUCUUACGACGACGUCGGUCGGCAGCGUUGCGUCCCAGCUCGGUGACACUGUCUUCCCUACAGACGUUGAAGCCGUCCUCAACCAGACUAUCGGCACUUUCGACACCGAUUCGCAGUAUAUCUCCGGUGUCAGCACCCUCACCGGCGGCGCUACGACGUACAUUGCGGCUGUGAGUCCGUGGUUUUUCACGCACUACUCGCCGGCGACGUACGACAAGAACUGGAUCUACCUCGCGGACUACUGGCUGUACAACGCGCGCUGGGAGACGCUCGUCGCGAACCGCGACAGCGUUGACAUUGUGGAGCUCAUCACAUGGAAUGACUAUGGCGAGUCGCACUACGUCGGCCCAAUCGAGGGUGCGCAGCCCAUGUACACCACCUGGGCAACCGGCUACGAUCACCAAGGCUGGCUAGCGAUGACGAACUACUACGCGACCGCGUUCCGCACCGGGUCGUACCCCGAAAUCACCAACGAUCAGCUCUACAUGUGGGCACGCCCCCACCCGAAGGACGCGGUCGCCUCGUCCGACUCGACUGGUGACCCGACCAACCACCAGCUCACCGAGGACAAACUCUGGGCCGUCGUGUUCGCGACCGCCCCCUCGACCGUCACGAUCACGACCGGGUCUGCACAGACGUUCAGCGUCCCUGCAGGCGUCACGAAGCUCGCUGUUCAGCUCACCCCUGGCGCGGGCAUGUCUGGCACCAUCACGCGUGACGGCUCGACUGUCGUCUCCGUAAACGCAGACGGGUACACGUUCAACGCAAACCCGUCCGAGUACAACUUCAACGCGUUCGUGGCGUACGCCUCGUCUUAGACGGACGGCCGCGUCUUCACGCUCUUGGCAAGCGGAACACAGGCUGUCCCGCGUUCGUCUUUCGUUUCCGUCUCGCUGGUCGCACCUGUCAUUUCGAGUGUUCUUGCUCUUCUCCCGCUCCUAUUCCCGUGGUCUGUUCUCCUGUCGUUCCUCCCUCCUCCUCACGACGCGUGCGUCUCUAUAUCCGGUGCUGGUCCGUGCGCCUUUUCCGGACCGGCCGACGUCCUCUGCUUCGUUCCUACCUGCGUCUGCGACCUGUUGCGCUUUUGGCUGUCCCCUUAGCGCAUUUAUGUCUCCGCAUUUGUACAUCAACCUGCAUUGUGCCAUAAGUUAUCCUUAUCUUGCGUCUACGUAGUCGCUGUACGUGUAUAUGUCUGCGUAGUGUACCUCUAUCAUGUCGCUACGUUCCCGCAAUGUCCAUGUAGUCUGCUG